AUGGCUCUGGAUCAGGAAUGCUUGCCGCUGGCAACUACGAGUUUCGAGUUUGAUAUCACACUUCCACAGUGGCUACCAGAGUCUCUUAUUGGCCCAGAGGACUGUUUCAUUGAGUAUGGGUUACAAUCAUGUAUUUGCGACACCAAGAAGGAGAGAAAAUACGUCAACCAAUACCUCACAGUCUGUCGUGAGAUACCAAACAAUCAUCCAUUACACGCGACUCAGACAAUCAUCAUAAAUGACAAUCAUACUCUCGAGGUUGAAGCUUUUACCACUGACUAUGAGGGUAACAAGUUCAAGGUGCGCAUUGUAAACAUUGUGAGCCAAGAGUUAUUCACCAGUCUGACAGCAACAGGUAUAUUUUUCGUUCCCUAUCAUUAUCUGCUUCCCACCUGGAAUCGGAAUUUACAAUGCAAAUACCUCGGUGCUUACAAACGAGAGAUUGAUGACUACAUGGCUUCCGAAAUAUAG